CCGGCAUUCGUCGCAUUCGCCAUUUAUUUCUCGUCGUCACUUUGCAACAGUUUUGUGCGGCAUUUUCCUGUUCACUGUGCUAGAAAGGAGUCAGGAAGGAAAAAAGAAAUAAUUACAAAUUGCGCUUCUUCGUUGGAAAAAACGGCCACGGCGUAACGACUGUACCCAUUGUAUCUACGUGCUAGUGUGGGAAAUUAGUAGAAAAAAGUUUUAAGUUGAUUAAAGCAGCUAAUUAUCAACAUGUCUAGUCUGCCGAGCAAAAAAGCUAAGCUGUCCAAUGAUGGUGAUGGCAACGCAGCGUCUGCUAACGCGCCUAACGAGGAGGAGUCUGAAGCUUUGGAACUAAUUGAUGCAUGUCAAAAUGAAAUUGAUGCACUUAAUGAGAAGGCGAGUGAGGAAAUACUGAAGGUUGAGCAGAAAUAUAAUAAAUUAAGGAAGCCCUGUUACGAGAAACGCAGCGAGUUGGUGAAGAGAAUCCCCAACUUCUGGGUGACUGCGUUUAUCAACCAUCCACAAGUGUCGGCUAUUUUGGACGAGGAAGAAGAGGAAUGCCUGCAUGCUCUUACCAAAUUGGAGGUUGAGGAAUUCGAAGACAUUAAAUCGGGAUACCGCAUUCAUUUUUACUUCGACGAAAAUCCCUAUUUUGAAAAUAAGGUGCUUACUAAAGAGUUCCAUUUAGGUUCGGGAAAUGCGGAAAACAGUGAUUGUCCAUCAUCAACGAGCACACCCAUUCAAUGGAAGGACGGUAAAGAUCUUAUAAGAUCAUGCAUGACCAAGCCGUAUCAACAAAACAAACGGAAAAGACCCGCGGACUACAAGACAUUUUUCGAUUGGUUCUCAGACAACACUGAUCCAGUUAAUGAUGAGAUUGCUGAAUUAAUCAAAGAUGAUCUCUGGCCCAAUCCUCUUCAGUAUUAUUUGGUACCUGAUAUUGAAGUGGAACCAGAAGAUGAUGAAGACGAUAAUGAGGACAAUGAGGAGGAACUUUUUGACGAUGACGAUGGGGAAGGCGAAGAAGACGAUGAAGACGAUGAAAAGUAAACGGAGUUGAAAAUAAAAUUUUUCAGGAGUCUUCUACAUAGAUCGAUUUCUUUAAUUAUAAGAAAUGCAAUUAAAAGUGUCUGAUCGACUAAUAAUUUUAAAUAUUCAAACUUUUUUUAAUUGGACUUCAACGAGUAGACUAACGUUUUGAUAUACAUAUGUUUGAUUUCUAUUACCAAAUCUGAAUAAAUUAGUGGUAUUUUUUUUUUCAUUCGUAGUAGCAUAAAGCUGUUGGGUUGUGCCGAUAAUCGGAGGACGAUAACUUCACAAAUGGGACUUAAAAGCCAACAGUUUGUAUGCAAUUGGGGUGAAAAGCGAAUUAAAUUAAGGUUAGGACUUAGCAUUUACCAAAAUGAAUGAAUACACGGCUCAAAACUAUA